UCAUGUCUCAGGCUCGAUGACUGUCGAGAAGACCUCGAUUGAACUUCGAUAGAUUUCUUUUCGAAAACAUUAGCGCCGAGGUAAAUGCAUCGCCGAAACAACGAACUACGUUCAGAACGGUAGUGUUACGCAUCACGUAGCUGAUCCUUUUCUUGAUCACAUGUAGCGUGAGGGCAAUAAAAGCGAGCAAAUACACUUGUGAAAUAAAGCAACAACGUCCGUAGGGACUGGCCAUCUUGGAAAGAUAUGUCGCAUCGGUCAAAACGUCAACAAUAUAGUGUGUAUUGUUCGAUACAUGCCGCCAGCUUGCUUUAACUGCGGUUGACUACACGCCUAAUCAACGGGAGUAAAGGCGACACGGUGGCGUAUUUGACACGCGGACGUAAUCGCAAAAGAAGCAGAGCUUCGUUGAAUGAUGAAUCGCAGUGACGGAUUGGUACAACGACGACGUGUAGUUAAUAGCAGUAGUGGCAGUAGUCUAGGUCAAGAUGGUUCAAACGAUAUUGGCCACAAUGACAAAUUGUCUGGCCAUGGCGCAGAUACAGAUUCUUCUACGCAAAAAGAUCUUAAUUCAAAUCCCACGAUCGAUGACGAUUCUGAUAAAGAGACACGAUUAACGUUGAUGGAAGAAGUCUUACUGCUUGGUCUCAAGGACAAGGAGGGAUAUACUUCAUUUUGGAACGACUGUAUAAGCUCUGGAUUACGUGGUUGUAUCUUGGCGGAACUUGGAUUUCGUGGUCGUGUGGAAUUAGAGAAAGCUGGUAUGCGUAAGAAAGGACUCUUAGUGAGGAAAUUACUAUUGAAGAAUGAUGCACCAACAGGAGACGUUUUGUUAGAUGAAGCUCUAAAACAUUUAAAAGAAACUGAUCCACCCGAAACUGUUCCUAGCUGGAUUGAAUAUCUUAGCGGAGAAACAUGGAAUCCACUUAAAUUGAGAUACCAGUUAAAAAAUGUUAGAGAAAGAUUAGCGAAAAAUCUUGUAGAAAAAGGAGUUUUAACAACAGAGAAACAAAAUUUCUUACUCUUUGAUAUGACAACUCAUCCUCUUACUGAUAUCUUUGCCAAAUGUCGUCUUGUAAAAAAGAUUCAAGAAGCUGUAUUAAAUCGUUGGGUUAAUGAUGCUGGCCGGAUGGAUAGGCGAAUAUUAGCUUUAGUAAUUUUAGCUCAUGCAGCUGAUGUACUAGAAAAUGCAUUUGCACCACUUUCUGAUGAUGAUUAUGAAAUAGCAAUGCGACGAGUACGGACAUUAUUAGAUCUCGAUUUUGAAGCAGAAGCUGCUAAACCCAAUGCCAAUCCAGUCCUGUGGGCUGUAUUUGCUGCAUUCACUAAGUAACAGAUCUUUUACAAACUACAAGUGUAUAAAGUAAACAUUGGGUACUAGCGUGAAUACUUGGGAUUAUAAAUUUUUGCAUGAAUUUUAGUUGCAAUCUGAAAUGUAAUAUCUACAAUCAUUGUUAAUGAUCAUACAAUUCAGACCAAAUACCUUAAACCCGACUGUAUGAAGCAGAUUUAGAGUAUUAGUCAUCUCCAUUAUUGUUAUUUAAUACAUUUGAUAGCAGAAAUGUGAAUGUUCAUAUUUAAAUAUUACAAAAAUAACAAAAUUUAAAGUAUGAAUGAGUAUAUUGCGUGUGGGGUAGUGCCAUGUCAGUUAAGAAAUGAAAGAUUGCACUGUGCAGAGUUCUAUCUCAUAUCUUCUCAGUAUCUAUUGUGUCUGAACAUGGACUGAAAAUGUUUAUAGACACAGUGUUUAUGUGGCUAUCAUGUAAUGUCAAAUUAAGUGCCACAUUCCUGCUAGUUGUCUGAAUGUUAAAGCGAUGAAAGUAAUUCUUUGCACAGUUGUGACAAUGACGAUGAAUUUUUACUAUUUCUUUAAAUGUUCAUAAUAAUAAUUGAAAUUGAUUUAUUUUUAAAACUAUUUUUUAUGAAAACAUUACAUUAUAGCUUCACUAGGUGGCAGUAAAGUACUCAGAUGUUAAAAGCAUAAUCUACAAAUAUCAUUUUUGUUGCCCAUUUAAGUCUUUCUUGAUUUAUCGUCAAGAUCGAUAACCAAAUAUAUAUUGUGAAAAUAUUU